AUGUUGACCCCACGACAACGGUCUCAUGAAGGAUGCUGGACGUGCAAGAAGAGACGGCGGAAAUGCGAUAACGGUCGUCCGACAUGCCAGAACUGCCACCAACGCGGAGUACCAUGUGAGGGCUACGAGGUGCGCCUGCGCUGGGGCUCUGGGAUUGCAUCGAGAGGACGGUUUACUGGUGCCGAUAAACCGGUUGGCGAGUGUGUCUCGGCCAGACCAAAGGGCCGACAGCGAGAUUUGGAGAAGAAACGCAAACAAAGUGUUGUGGAGCAUGAUGGUGUUGCGGGGAAUGGUGAUUCUCAUGACCCCAUGAUCGAUGCUUCCAUUUCCCCAGAUUGCCAGACACAGGUGGCCCACGGAAAAGGUCAUUUGAAUGCAUUAGAAGACGAACGCCUUUUCAACGAGUUCUUGACAUCAGGCGUCAACAUCCUGCACUCAACCACAGUCGAUGAUGGUGAUAAUGUCCUGCCUUCCCAUCUUCCAGAGCUGUGUCAAAAGUCCGAGGCGCUGUAUUCAAUAUGCCUUGCAUUUCAAGCGUCAUUGUCCAAAGAUAUCAAAUCACGGUUCUUCGAGUAUUUUGAUGCAGCAUUGAGCAUGUUCCGCAUUGAGCUGGCCAACAGCGUUUCAUGCCUGGAGGACGCCACGUUAACAGCUGGACUACUUCUCUGUAGCAUUGGUUUCAUGCAUGGCUUGCCAUGGACAAUGCAUAUCCAAGGGAUGUACAACAUCUUACAGAUUUAUGGCUUUGACCAUCCUCCUGGCGAACGAACUUCAUUUCGAACGCAUCUGAUCGAAGUAAUGGGAGUGAUGGAUCUUCCAACCUUUGCAGUUGGGCGACAGAAUCCAUGCCUUGGAAUAUGGAGACGCUACUGCCGCAGCAACACCUGGGCUGGAGAGCAACAUUCUGACCGCAGCCAGGUUGAAGUCGUCAGUGGACUCCCACGAUCCCUCCUCGAUAUUUUCUCCGGUAUUGGAGAAGGCACUAAAGAGGAAGAUUUUUGGAACUGGUUGGGCGCAGAGGGGAGCUUCGGCCAGAUGCAACUGUGGCAAGCGUACAAACUAGCUGGAAUCUUGACCUUGCGAAGUCGAUCAAGUGCCAACUCAUACGAGUCCCAAAUGACACUCCCAAAGACGGCAAUACUUGUUUCCCAGAUUCUUAGUAGCAUCGAUGCUAUCCGUAGGGCGUCUGAUGACUCUGAACAACAAGACACACUCAUCAUGAAUGCGAUCAAUUACCCGGUGUUUGUAGCGGGUCUAGAGGUGAUGAUUAUCAACUCAAACGCGGAGUGGAAGGAAUUGAUUAGGAGUUGCUUCAUGUCGAGCCACUUGAGAAGCGAGUAUGGCUUUGAGGAUCGGCUUUUGCUGGAAAUACUGGAGGAAGCAUGGAAACGAAACGAUGAAAGGGUGGAUGUGGACGAACUGGCAAAGGCGCGGGGAACAGAGCUUGGAUUGUUGUGA